UUACAAGAAAGUCGGUGAUCUUUGAUGUGUCUGUGAUCAACUGUUCACUCAUCUAGUCAUCUUGGUUAUUGUUUGGUUGUUGUUUAAAAUCACUUGGGUUGAUGUUGAUUAGUUGACUGUCUGGUCGGUUCUUUAAAUUUAAAAAUAAUAAAAGUAAUGGAGUUAAUUUGGAUAGUUCUCCUGCUAAUACCAGUGAUUUUACUUGCAUUAUACUUAAAACCUUUGCCGAAGAAAUCAAUUAAAGGAAAGCAUGUUGUUAUAAUCGGAGGUUCAAGUGGUAUUGGAAAAAGCACGGCAAUCCUAGCCGUUAAAUUGGGGGCGCACGUUACUGUUAUAGCCAGAAAUAUUGAAAAAUUGGAGGAGACCCAACAAUUAUUAAAAACCCACAGUGUAAAUGAAGACCAAGUGAUUAAUAAAUUAUCAGUAGAUGUUUGUAAUUAUGAAGAUUUAGAAAACAAUUUGAGCGAACUUGAAAUGGUUGUAGGACCCAUAUAUAUGCUUGUCAACUGUGCUGGCAUGGCUAUUUGUGGUAAUGUAGAAGAUUUUUCUUUACAACAAAUUAAACAAUUAGUGGACAUAAACUUUUUGGGAAGUUUAUACUCUGUUAAAGCCAUUGUGCCUAAAUUCAAACAACGUAGAGAAGGAAUUAUAGUACUUACAGGCUCUCAAGUGUCUCUGAUGGGCAUGUAUGGAUAUUCAAUAUAUUCCAGUGUCAAAUUUGCUUUAAGGGGUCUUGCAGAAUCUCUUUAUAUGGAAGUUAAACCUUUCAACAUUUCUGUUACUCUUGCUUUGCCACCAGAUACAGAUACUCCAGGAUUUGAGAGUGAAAAUAAGACCAAACCCAUUGAAACAAAGCUUAUUUCAGAAGUUGGAGGACUUGUUGAUCCAGAAGUGGUGGCUCAAAAGCUAAUGGAUGAUGCUUUGACUGGAAAAUUCUUCAGUUACGUUGGAUUUGAAUCGUUUAUUUUGACAACUCUUUGCACCGGCAUGAGUCCAUUUAAUAGGAUGAUCGAUGUGGUUUUUGAAUCAGCCUUGCUGGGCCUAUUGAGAAUCAUAAGUGCUUUCUACAUUAGCUCUUUUGCAUCUAUCAUACAGAAGUGCCAUAUUGAUAAAGAAGCUGUUAGCAAAAAGAAAUAAUUUUAAAUUAUGACAGAUUGUAGGAACAUUGUGUUUGGAAUUUUAUUUAUUUCUAGGCUGUUCUUAAUGAUUACAACAGAAAAGUGUUAAAAUUAUAUAUUUUUGUUCCUUAAUAAAAUGUAUAUUUAGUUUUAAACAGUUUAGCUCUCAUAAUGGAUCUCUCAGAGGAUGUUAUUUUUUAAGGCAGUCUUUUGUAUUAAAUGAGCAAUAUCUUUUGAAAUUAAAGAUUAAAUGGAUUCUUUCAUAUUACAAAAUUACCUAGGAGAUAAUCAAAUCUCUUCAAAAUCAUAUCCUCUGAUUGAGACCUUCCUUUUUGACAAUAUGCAUAGUUUGGUUUAGAAAAUGUAGAUAAUUUAUUUUGAUAUUCUGAACCAGUGAUAACUGUUUGAGAUUUUUGGAAUCAUCAGAUUUGGAACCAAACUAUAAAUAAAUUAUUUAUACAAUAAGACAAUUUAACUACAGUAUUGAUGAACCAGUAUAUAGCAAUAAAAUUGCCUAAUCGAGAGAAUUGGUUCUUCUUUCAACACAUGAAUGUGUUUUUACCUAUUUUAUCCCCAGCCACAAUAGUAUUCUAUUAUCAAAUAAUUAUAUUUUGGCUGCGCCUACUUCAUUCUUAUAUUAAUGCACCAAAUCCAGCAUUUAUGUACUCCAAAAGCCCUCAAGGCUACUAUCUCUAGUAGUCAUCCCUAAAGUUUCAUUAUUGGAAAUUAAAAAAGUCACAAGGUGAUAAAUCCGGUGAAUAUGUUGAUGUGGGACAACUCUAAUGGCAUUGAAUUUAAAAUAUUCAGUUUGUGCAUUUGUAUAUAUUUAUGGGGUCUAAUUUGUACUAAUAAUAGUGUUUUAUAUAUAUGUGAACCAAAAAUGCGUUUAUUUUACCUACAUAUUUACUAGAAAAAUAAGUAACAUUUUGUAAACAAUUUUUUCAUGGAUCAUAAAAAGACUGAACUUUCAAUUGAUCUAGUUAAAUAAAUUUCUUAAUUUUUUGGUGUUAAUAAUUAUAAUGAAU